AUGCAGUUAACCCAAAAAUAAAUUACUCAACGAAUAAUGAGUUGAAAGUUGAAACAUUUUGAAGGCGUUGGUUGAAAUCUGAGUAUCGCCCCACUUUCCAUAUAUUUUAUUUUUUUAACCAAAAAAGGAGAAACAAAAAGGUCAACAAAUGAGUCAUCAAAUCAUUAUCCACCAAUCGAAAUGUCUGGUUAUGAACAACGCCGCCCACUACUCCCUUUGAAGACCCGCCUCACUGUCUUCUUACUAGGUGCCAUCACCGACGCCUCCCUUCGCCGCGACGGAACCGUCAACCGCCGCUAUUUCCGUUUCCUCGAUUCCAUCGGUUUCAAAAAGUCUUCCGAUCUCAAGCCCCGCGAAGGCGUCAUAACCUCUGACAUCACUGUAGACCCCUCUCGCAACCUCUGGUUCCGACUCUACAUCCCUCAAUCCCAAUCUGGAUCUCAAUUAUCAUCCCAAUCUGGAUCUCAACCCGUCGUCGUCUUCUUCCACGGCGGCGGCUUCGUCUUUCUCUACCCCGAUUUUAAGGUCUACGACGACGUCUGCCGCCGUUUCGCACGCGACCUCCCCGCCGUUGUUGUCUCCGUCAACUACCGUCUGGCACCUGAGCACCCGUACCCGGCUCAAUACGACGACGGAUUUGACGUCCUCAAGUUUCUCGACGAUCAUAAGCAUAUCCUGCCUGAAAAUGCCGAUAUAUCCCGUUGUUUUCUGGCCGGUGACAGUGCCGGAGCUAAUCUAUCCCAUCACGUUGCUAAACGUGCUUGCCAAUCGGAGUUUACUCGCCUCAAGGUAGUGGGAGUGGUGUCCAUACAGCCAUUUUUCGGAGGAGAAGAACGUAGCAAGUCAGAGAUAGAACUAGCAGGGAUUGAUGUAAUCGUGACAACCAAGAGAACCGAUUGGAUGUGGAAAGCGUUCAUGAUGCCGCCAGCAGCUGAUGAUGAUCAUAAUCCAAUAAUAAUAAUGGACCGUGACCACGAGGUGAUCAAUGUUAGCGGGCCUAAUGCCGACCCCAACCUACCCAAUUUGGAAGAUUUUCCCGCGACAAUGGUGGUGGUGGCCGGAUUUGAUUCACUCAAAGACUGGCAAACCAGGUACUAUGAGUGGUUGAAGAAAUCCGGCAAAGAGGCAUAUCUGGUGGAGUAUCCGAACAUGAUUCAUGGUUUCUACAUUUUCCCCGAACUUGCAGAAUCAGGGCAGCUCAUUUCUGAUACCAAACACUUCAUCCACACCCAGUGUUCCAAGCUUCUCAACUAGCUACCUACACUAGUAAUCAUCAUCAUCAUCAUCAUCAUCACACACACACAUAAUCCAGCACAGCUCCAUCAAUCUUAUAGUGUACUACUUGUGUGCUUACCUUAUUUCAUGAUUGAUCUAUGUUCCAGAAAAGGAAAUAUAUAUUUUAGUUGUAACUUGUAAGCUAAGGUGUUAAAAAUUUCUGCAGAAUUCAAAUUUCUUUUCUUAUUUAUGAAUUUGUUAAUAAAAAAAA